UUUCCGCUGUCAAAACUUAUCGAGAUUCGUGGAGUUUGUUGUGUGUUUGUACAGGGGGUUGCAGUUUGUCGUGGGUUUACUGUGUGUCUGUAGUCUGUCUGUGCAGUGGGGUCAUUGUGGGUGUGUCGUCUGUCUGGGUCGGGGGGUUUGGCAGUGUGUGUGUCUAGCGGGGGUUUGCUGACUGUGUGUGUGUGUGUGUCUGUGUAGUGGGACGUGCGGUGUGUGUGUGCCAGUGUAGUGGGGUUUGCAGUUUUUAUGCUGGGGUUUGCUGUCAAUGGAUAUUCACGACAAGAAGCUGACUGAAUGAGCAUUGAAGAGACGCCUGGUACCUGAGCGGGGCGCGGGGGAAGAAGAUACUGACAAAGACAUUGUGGAAAAACAGAUCGUUGAGGCUUUAACUUGAUGAAAAAUUGAUGAAAAGCCAUCAGUGGAUUCAUUGCUGUUUCUAGUUUUGUCUUUCAGUUUUGAUCUGCCAAACAAUUGCAAACAGAUCGACAUUUAUAUGCGAACUUCAUUCACCCUGCAGCAUUGUUGUCAACACAUCUAUACACUCCUGACAUGGCCACUGAAGUCUUCAAUUCCAAAAGCCUGGCUGUUCAGGCCCAAAAGAAAAUACUUGGCAAGAUGGCAUCAAAGUCAAUAGCAACUGCAUUGAUAGAUGAUACAAGCAGUGAUGUUUUGGAUGAGCUAUUCAAAGCAACCAAGGAAUACACACACAACAAAAAAGAAGCAGAAAAGAUUGUCAAAAAUCUUAUCAAGGUAGUCAUAAAACUAGGAGUCUUGUACAGGAAUAAUCAAUUCAAUCAAGAUGAGAUGAUGCUUGUGGAGAAAUUCAAGAAGAAAGUUCAUCAGUUAGCAAUGACCGUUGUGAGUUUUCAUCAGGUUGACUUUACUUUUGAUCGGCAUGUUCUGUCCAAACUUUUGAAUGAAUGCAGAGACAUGCUUCACCAAAUCGUUGACCGGCAUCUCACCGCCAAGUCACAUGGACGCAUCAACCAUGUUUUUAAUCACUUUUCAGAUUGUGAGUUCUUGGCUGUGCUUUACAAUCCAUUUGGAUCUUACAAAGCUUCUCUGCAGAAAAUAUGUGAUGGUGUGAACAAAAUGUUAGAUGAUAAAAUUAUAUAACCAGCAAUUUGUAACAUUUUCUGUAAAACAUGUUAAAAGUCCUGCUAAAAUAUGAAGGAAUAAUGUCAUGUAAAAUGCAUUUUUGUUAAAAUUGUAUAUUUUGACAAGUUUCUUUUAAAGAUUUGUUUUCUAUAACUAUGCUUAAAAUAGAAUAAGUACUCCGAUCUAUUAUUUGUCCAUUGAGUGAAAUGACUUGAACCACACCCUACCCCCCCACUCCCUGCACCCUUGUUCAAUUCCGAGCAGAUGAUUGUUCUUAGCCUGUGGAAUAAAUCUGAUGAGUUCAGAUAAAUGAGCAAAAUCCAAUGCAACUUUAGCUUUUAGACUAUUACAGGAAACAAUAUGCAUUGUUUCCUUUUUGUAAGUUUAUAACUUAAAAAACACACACACACCAGCUUGCAAAUAAACUGAAAAAAUUAUGUUCCAAGAUGAAGAUUACAGAAUGUAAAUGAAAUAGUACAUAUGCAUUGCCAGUGUUAUGUCAAAGUACAACAAAUAGCAUUUUAAUACUUUUCAUCCCUUUCCAUCUGUAUUAUACAGUUGUCAUCAACUCACUUGAAUUACUUGGACUUAUAAAAUAACGGACUUUUAACUAAUGUGCGGAGAUGUAAUAUAUUAAACUAAGUCGCAGAUGCUUAUUUUAUUCUAAAAUACUCAAAUGGGCAAGUAACUUUCAUAAAUCAAUUGUACUUUAUGAUCAGCAUAGUUAUUAUGACUGUCACUGUGAC